AUGGCGACCACAAGCCCACCGGAACUGGGUUUGCCAUCUUCUCGUCCCAAGAAGAGGUAUGCAGUCGCUCUCCAAGUUUUCUACGAAGAGAACUACUUCGACUUCACCUCCAAGACAUCAUGUCGGGCGCCGCUCAAGGAGAAGCAUGCCCGCAUCGUGGACCUCAGCAAGAACGGUGAACGUCUUCGGGAGCCGCAAGCUGGCAAGAAGCGAAAAGCCGAGAAGGAGCCCGAGCCUCGAAUCAACAUGUACAAAGACGAGGAGGGCAAGUUCAACGGCAAAGUCGUGCGAAGAGUGCGGAGAGAACGGCUGUGGAUACCACAAGGCCACCUCGACGUCUUGACCAAGCCGAUGGACGCCCGCGCCGACGUUCGCGCUUUCUUGUCAGAGCGAAGCAAGGUUCUGCACACGAGCGGCCUCCCCCACGACACUACCCAAUCAGAACUAGAGAGCUGGUUUACUCAAUUCGGCGGACGUCCAGUUGCGUUCUGGACCUGCAAGCACUACCACGACUUCGCGAAGAACACCGCCUGUCUCCGCUGCGGUGCGAGCCGCGCAGGUGCAGCUGUUGAUGCCGACUUGGAAGAUCAGAGUCCCUCCGGCAAGAAGAAGCGCAAGGCGCGGAAGAAGCCACUCUCCGCAACGCCGGUUCCAUCCGUGGGUGUCGUAGAGCGCUUGAGCAACUUCUACAACGAGCACAUUGGUCCCAAGAACCUCGAGUUCGCCUUUGUAGACUCGUGGGACGAAUAUAAACGAAAAGGCCAGCCUCACAAUGCAGCAAACAAACGUCAGCGCAAGUAG